GGAUUUCUAUCGAAUUUCUUUGUUGUUUUGAGCUAUGUUAAAUGUCAAAAAUAAUUCUAAAUCGUUUAAGCUUUGGUGGGUGAUAAAUAUGUAUAAGACUUGUUUUUAGAUCCUAUUUUCCUGAAACAUUGCAACAAGCGGAAGGUAAAAACGAAUUCGAAUGCAGCCGUCCAGUUUUCAGUCACAUGCUGGAUCAGCUGACAUCACCACCUUCUCCUUUAGAUGUUCUUCCUACUCCAUUGACAGACGCCGAUUUUAAAAUCUUUACCGUUAACUUUGCUUUCGUUGCGUCGGCUUUUGAAUUAGAGACUAGAAUAAGUCACUGCUCUAGCAGGAUAGACCGCCACAUAGAUGCUGUUAGAGUGGAUGAUGGACGGACACGCCAUUCUUUACACGGGGCUCACUUUGGCCUUCUGGAGUACCAUACUAAUCGUCGGUAUAUGCUAUACCAUAUUUGACCUUGGAUUCCGCUUUGAUGUGGCAUGGUUCCUGACUGAGACGUCUCCUUUCAUGUGGGCCAACUUGGGCAUUGGUUUGGCCAUCUCUCUGUCUGUGGUGGGAGCUGCCUGGGGGAUCUACGUCACUGGUUCAAGCAUCAUUGGUGGUGGUGUCAAGGCUCCAAGAAUCAAAACCAAGAAUCUGGUCAGCAUUAUCUUCUGUGAAGCUGUGGCCAUUUAUGGGAUCAUUAUGGCUAUUGUCAUUAGCAACAUGGCUGAGAACUUCAGUGGAACAACCCCUGAGACCAUCGGAGCACGAAAUUACCAAGCUGGUUACUCCAUGUUCGGAGCUGGUCUCACUGUGGGCUUUUCCAACCUUUUCUGUGGGAUCUGUGUGGGCAUCGUGGGCAGCGGAGCAGCUUUGGCUGACGCUCAGAACGCCAGCCUCUUUGUGAAGAUCCUUAUUGUGGAAAUCUUUGGCAGUGCGAUUGGUCUGUUUGGUGUCAUUGUAGCAAUUCUGCAGACCUCUAAAGUGAAGAUGGGUGAUUAGAAGAUGCUCUCACAGGCUGAGAAGACAAGAAUAUUGCUGAAAAACAAGAUGGAUUAUUGUGUACAUACAUCGUAAAUUAUUUAAAUGUCUAUAUUCCCUCUCUAUUGUUUUCAACCAUCGUUUGUGUAAGAGUGGGUUGACCCUUGGAAGGCAUGAAUUUUGAACAAGAAACUGAAGAAAGGGGAAAUGCUGAUUUUUGUGCAUUUCUUCCUCAUGAACUCGCCAGAUAAUGCUAACUAUUCAGCUUCAUGAGUCAUGGAAGUAAUCUGUAGCUCUUAGCCGUGAGGACUUGCUUUCUUCAAGAGGUUUUCUUGCAUAAUGUUUUAGACCACUCUUAUUGAACAAUGGUUAAAAAUUACUAGUAUUUGAAAAUACUGUGUGUGUGUGUGUGUAUGCUGGACAUGUGAUUUUUAUUUUCUCUUCCUUCCUGUGACGCACGAGGAUGUCUGUCGUUGUGUUUGUGGUCUGGUCUCUCACUUUUUUGUUUUUGUAUCCGGUCUCUGCAGUCAAGAAGUUGGACCCUUCUACAGUAUUUUUCCUGGCUCUUAAUACUUAUAGAACAUUUAUGAAGUUUAAAUUGAGAGUAUUGUUCUACAGUUGUAAUUGUGCAACACAGAAAUCACAGCUGGAAAUAUCAAUCUGUUUUUUAUUCCCUCAGUUCUUGCUGUUCUUACAUGACAGAGAUGACUAAUGAGUACAAGCCAACUGACUAGAGCUGGAAGUCAGGCUGUCUGAAUGAAAGUUGUAACAAACUAAAAGAAGAGACACUUUGUUCAAAAUGUGUUAACUUUAUGAUUGAAGUGUCUAGCAUUGGCUUGUAGCAUCUACUAUUGUCUGCUGUAGCUCCACCGUCUUUGAAAUGGGAGGAAGAUGAGGCAUGUGUGCAGUAAGAUUGGUUUCUUACCCAGGAUUUUAAUCGAUCUCACUUGGUCUUAUACUUCAGACUGUAAAAUGUUAACUUCAUACAGAUUUUCUUGAAGUGUAAAUGUUUUUAUCUGUCCUGGUUUAAACAGUGAUAUUGCAUUCAGUGCAGCUGCCUGAUUAAUGAAUAGUUACAAUCUUUAAACUGAGGCAUCAUUCCACAAAGAUGAUGGACCAGUUAAUUUCACACUGAAGUUAUUCAUCAUUACUUCACUCCUUUUGGUUGACCGUAAACCUCGGCAUAAAAAAGGUGCAUUGUAUAUAGGAAAACAAAAACUCAUAAAUAAUUGACACGCUUGGAGGGAAAUUCAUGAUUUAACCAAAUCCUGGGUAUUUAGUAACUAACUGUAAAUGGUACUGUGUAUACACUGUGUUGAUGUGAUGGUGAUCAGAAAAUAUCUCAUUGUUUCUGACAUUGUGGAUGAUGCAAACAAAAUCUGAUUUUCCUUCUGGAUUCAUAAAUGUUGGGAAAAAAUAAAUGGUUUGAUCAACA